AUGCAAAGUCAAUCGGUUCCAUUUUUGACGUUGGGCGGCCGAGAACUGUAUUCCCUGAAGAAUCUAGCGUUCCCGAAUAUUCCUGCUGAAUUGCCGUUCGUCAAGUCAAAAUCCCUAUUGCUGGACCACAUUCUCCCAGUGAAUUUUCAGGCCACUGAACGGGCCAAAUUCAACUCAAUGAUCAGAGCUGCCAACAUGCCAUACCGUGAGUUCAUUCUUCAGCUGAACCAGCAGGCGUCAAAAUGCAACUAUGGUGAUCGAUUGGAAGAACAACUUUGUGAUAGUCUCAUUGCUGAACUUAACAAAAUCUCAUUACAAUGUACGAUUUUGGAAAAGAAAGAUAUCACGUUUGCUGAGGCUUGA